AUGGCGCAGGUGGAAGUGUCCGCCAUUGACUACCUGCUGCACGAGGGCACGAUGCUCUACAAAUUUCAGGUCCGCUUCGGUCGGGACAUGGCGUGGGUGGUGAGCAAGUCCUACGACAACUUCGCGGAACUGCACUCGCUGCUCGAGAAACACUACACCGCCGUCCACCUGCCGCAAUUGGCCGGGAUGGCGCGGCCGUGGGCAGGCAAAAACGCCGCAACGGCAGCGGUGCGGCUUCAAAAACUGGAGAUGUACCUCAAUGAGAUGCUUGCGGCCGCGCCUUUUUGGUCUCCCCGCCUGUACAAUUUGACACUGCCGGACCCUGACGGCGGAACGCGGCGCGUCCACGUCAACAAGUUUUUGGGUGCCUUUCUGGAGUUGCUGGAACACACGACAAACAACACACCGCAAAAGCCGUCUCCGCCGCCGCCGCCGCCGGGUGUGGUGGCUGAUGCCAAUGAAACGGACACCCGCUUCGAAACACCUCCACAAGCGGGACCAGCGAAAAGAAAUACUGAGGCCAGAGAAAAUAUUGCGGUGGUGACGCCCUUUUCUUCUUCCGUGUUCGUUCCGCUCACUGGCGCAACGCGGGCCUCCUCCACGCCCAGUCAGGUGGCUAUUAAGGACGCUACCCCGCCCACAUCAGUAUCAUCAGUAUCCAUGGCCUCAGAGCUGCCUCCAGCGUCGUCUUUGCCCUCCGCUUCUUUGCCCACCGUGGAGGUCAAGCUGCAUUCGAUCAGGAGGAGGAGUCCUUGCGAAGACUCCAGGGAAUUGGUCUUGGCUGCUGCGGCCUCCACCAUCACGUCAGAGUUGGUGCUCACUGUGAAGGACUUUAGUAUUCUUGAGAGGGAUCACAUUGAGUACUUCCUCCACGUAUCUAUUUGCGGCCAUCACUGGGUAGUAUCAAAACGUUAUAGGCAGUUUCACGAUCUACGCAAUAAACUUGUACAGGUUUACGGGCCCGCUACGGUCCCAUUGCUUCCCCAAAGCCGAGUGCCUGCGUGGCGCAAGCUCACCGUGGAGAUGGGUGAGGCGCGAAAGUUGGGUCUUAAUCAGUUCUUGCAGAAUGUCGUGAUGAACGUGGACUCCUGGGAGCCACGGGGACUUUUAGCGAACUUUGAACUUUCACGCCCGACAGUCAGAGGGGAGCGGACGCAUUUUACGGUGUAUAUCAAUCAGAUUCUUUUCGAAUUUCUUGGCUUCUCGACGCAAAUUGACGCGUUGAGCGGGGAGGCCGCUGCGAAGGCCGUUGUGGAGCACCGUGCGAUGCUCCCAGAGCCCAUCAAGAUGGCUUAUGACAAGCGAUCCCUGCAAGAGAAGCGGCUUCGGAUGCGUGAAUGCAUUGACAGUAAUGCGCAACGCCUUCGCUGUAUCCGCGAUGACGAGUUGCAGGUGCUGUUGGACCAAAUGGCACUUCUUCAGGAUGACCGCGACAUUAUGCGCAUGUUCAAGAGGCUUCUUCUCACAGGCGAGGUUGAUGCCGAUAUCCAGUCAUCCUUUGCGGACGCCAUUCCCGAUGAUACCGUGGGGGAACGUGAAAAGGAUGAGAGCAUUGCGACGGUCGAUGCCUAUAGCGCCGUCGUGGGCGUGACAGCGCUGCAGGUAGCAAAGAUAACAGAACGGUUGUUUUUUAAUGAUAGCAAGAUAGAGGCCAUUCGUCUCUUCGCAUGUGUUCUUGUCGAUGCAGAUGACCUCCAGGACGUGUUUGACACCUUGUGGUUUGGCUGGGAGGAGGCCCGGGAGGCGGUGGAGCAGGCUUUGUCGAGGCGCUGA